UUUAGUUGAUUCAUGAAGCAACAACUGUAGGAAAAACAUCUCAAAAAUGUUUCGAAUAGAAAUUUUGGUAAUCUUUACCGUUUUUCUAAUUCUACAUGGAAAACACACUGAACAGGCUUCAUUACCGACUGAUUUGUAUUAUACUGCAGGCGUUGUAGAAUUUAAACAAGCUCAACUUCUAUCAAAAUUGGAAGAAAAUCUUAAAAACUAUAUAAAUAUAAUUGCUUCAGAUACUGCGACAUCAACAGAUAUUAUGGUAUUUCCAGAGGGUACACUCAACAGUAAUAAUGAACUAACAUAUGUGCCUGAUCCCGCUAAGGAAUUAGUUUCACCUUGUGAACUACCUAAACCAAGCAUUUACCACAGUUUCCUAAUAGAAUUGUCAUGUGCAGCAAAAAAGUAUCAAAAGUAUUUGGUGAUUAAUUUAUCGGAAAAAGGAGACUGCCCCACAGUACUGGAGGAUACGCGUCCUUGUGCAAGCGAUGGCCUUAACAAAUUUAACACAAAUGUUGUAUUCGAUCGUAAUGGAACCGUAAUCUCACGUUAUCGUAAAGUACAUAUGUGGAAUGAGGGAAAAAAUACUACCCUUCUUCCGGAGUAUGGAAUGUUCGACACGGAUUUUGGUGUACGCUUCGGACAUUUCAUUUGUUUUGAUAUUUUGUUCUAUACGCCAACGCAGGAAUUGGUUGAGAAAUAUGGAAUCACCGAUUUUAUAUUUCCAACGAUGUGGUUCUCGCAGCUGCCAUUCUUGACAGCCGUACAAGUACAUGCAGCCUGGUCUUUUGGUAAUAAUGUGAAUCUCUUAGCAGCGGGUGCUAGUUUCCCACUAAUUGGCUCAACUGGUAGUGGUAUUUAUGCCGGUCGGCAAGGUGUUUUGGUAGCUAAAAUGAAUACCGGCUUGGGUGAACGUGCUUUAUACGUAGCAACUGUGCCUAAAAAACAAACAAUUCCAAAACGUUUCAGGAGAGAAGUUGCUCCCAAAAAUAUCGCUAACACCUCUACAGCUCCACGCAUCACUCAAAGUGACAUAUAUUUGAAACCUGACAAUAUUGAAGAGUAUGCAAGCGAGGUAUUAGAUCUGAAUCAAGGGACGAGUUUCACACGUGAACUGUGUUACAACAACACAUUUUGUUGUAAUUUCGAAUUAAAGUGGAAACAUUUAACUCCAGUGGUAAAUAGUACUUAUUACACAUAUCGUUUGGGUGUUUUCGAUGGCUUACGCAGGGAAGUGGCACCGGAAUCAAAUUUCCUUAAGAAUUGUGCUAUAUUUAGUUGCGUUGGUGAAGGCAUCGAAGAUUGUGCCAAAAUAUUUUCAUCAAAAGUUGGAGAAAUUGAACCUCAAAUCGCAUUUGAACGGAUUGUUAUUGAAGCAACAUUCCCCACUUCUAAUCAAUUACUAAUAAUGCCAAAUAGUUUGAAGGAGGACUUAAUGCCAGUACCUGUUGGGAAUUUUGAAUGGCAUGAGAAAAUAGACAAUGAGACACAACUCGUGCGAUUCGUGCUGAAUACCACAACCGAUAAUCUACUCACGUUUUCGAUUUAUGCCAACUAUUUUGAUGAACAAAAAUAUGGUAAAAAUAGUACCACCUCCCCGACAUCUUCACUUAUGCUACUUUUAAAUAGUUGGUUUAUUUUCAAAAAAAUAUUUUAAUAUAUUAUAACGAAAACUUUAUGAAUGUACGUGAUGCUUUGAUUUACAUUAAA